AUGAAGAAGAUGAUGAUAAACUGUUAUUUUCAGCCGGAGCGCCUCAUGUCUCCGUUCACAGCGAUAGUGCGUCGCAGCGGCAACCCGUUCGAGCUGGCACACGUGCUGGUCUCGUGGCUCAUCGGGUCCGGGUUCGAUGCCUACGUGGUAGUAGGAUGCGCCAAACGAGACGUGUGCAUGGCCAUUAGAUACAGAACCGUCUGCCCUGAAAUACCUGAUGAAAAUGAGGUUAUCGAAGAGCCGCCAGCACCAGCAGAAGAGCCGAGGUACCGUCUCGUUCCACUGCCAGACCUCACGUCGAAGUACUGCAGAGAUAUGCAACAGAAAGAGGAUGAUCUAAAACAAAAAGAGCUCGACAAAAUUGAAGCAGCAAGACUCCAAAGAAUAGAGGAGCUUGAAAGACCACCACCCGAUCCUGUUGACGGCUGGCGCACCCACGCGUGGGUGCUGAUGCUGGGCGGCUCCAAGGGUGUGGAGGAGCCGUUCUUCAUCGAGCCCAGCUAUGGCAUCGCCUACCCGCUCAACUCGCCACAGUACCAGUACAUCGACAGCGUUUACAAUCACGAGAAUUAUUACGUGAACCUGCAAAACUGCAUCAAUGGUCUCGGUGCUCUUAACUACGAGCUGGGUGAUCUGUCAUGCUGGGAGCACCUGCUGGCCGGUGAGCCCUUCCACCGUCGGCAGCUGGUCGGCGUAGACCUCUCCGACAAGAAGACUGCCUACGACACGGAGAAACAUCUCGACGUGCCCGCCAGUUGGGUGGAGAAACUGGACAUCACGGCGAAUGAAUUCGAGCAAAGGUACCCAGGGAGCCACAAAGUGAUACACUACAAGAAAGUUUUGCUAGAGAAGUUCGCGCCGUACUCAGAGAGAGAUGGAGUUAUUAAGAGAAUCAAAAUAUACGAAGACUACGCAGUGAAGAUAAAGCUUCUUACGUACGAAUGGUACAAGCAUAGAGUAGAUAAAAUGGAGACAGUGAGAAUAGAUCACAUAAAUAAGGAGAUAAGAGAAACGUUUGGAGUUGGGAGACGGGAUCAUCUCAUACGACAUACAUACGACAUGGACGCCCCUCCAACGUCCGUGGAAGGCGACCGUACGCUGGAAUUCAACUACUACGCGCGACUCGACCAUCUCGCCAAGCUCACUUGCACGCGCUUUACCUUCCACGAACACUACACUAAUAGAGCGGAUAGGCUUGAAUCCAGAUAUGUAACGUACACAGAAGGCACUAAAGCAGAGCCUAAACGUCAAAAUAAAGACAUAACAGAGACCUUCAGUCGCAACCCGGAUGUACCAGCAACGGAAGACGUGUGGAAGAAGAUAUUCCACGUCCAAGACAACACCAUAGAGCUUCUGUACCAUUACCAGCAUAACUUUGUGACGAACAACACACGCAUGUUCAUUAAGCCCAAUUUGGCUGAAACUGGAGGAAAGAUAUUGUUCUUUCCAGAUAAAACUUCUGGAUAUAUCGCAGACCCAUGUGCCAAACAACCGCGUCCCCUUGACGUAUACUACGCACUUUGUGACAACAUGGACACUGAGAACCACUCUCGGAAACACAUCCGAGACCGGGAGAGUGACAUCACCGGCUAUUUAAAGCAGCGGCUGAAAGAGCUGACGGAACCGACGCUGUUGGUCUCUCUGUUUGACACGGAGAGGAAUGAGGCUGCGAAAAAGGGAUGGAAAGAACAGGUAACACAAAAAGCCGCAGUAACCGAGCGCGAGAUAGAAGCAGAGAUAGACCCGCUAGCUCCGUACUUGGCGCGCAUGUUCGGCUCGGCGUUCGGCUCGGGCUCGAUGCUCACAGUGAAGGAGGCCACGCUCGUUCGCGAACAGUGCAUCAACGAUUUCAAGGCUAAGCAGCUCGCGCGUCAAGACUUAGUGCAGAAGAGGUUCGAAGCGUUGAAUUCAGAGUACAAGAACAAAAGACUGUGGUACUUGGCGAAUCAGUUCAUUCUCUCACCAGAAAAGGAAAGCGCGUAUUUUUCUACGAGUGCGGAAUUGGCUUUCCAAGUUCACAAUCUAGAAGUGCGCCUCACUAGACACAAGGACCUGUCAGCGCCCAGAUUCAAGGCCCUGGAAGAUUAUUUGGCCAAACAUCCGCUGUUGAAGGAAUACAAUCGUAUGAGACAUUACUAUCGGAUGAAGUGAUGGAUUUACUUAGAUAUAGUUGUAUGUUUACUAGAAUUUAUUAA